CUAAAUCCACGCUAAUUAAUUAACCUCUCUCUCAAACGGCUGGCGGCACGCGCUUCGGUUGGUCUAACGUGUUGCCAGAUAUUAGCUUUUUUCACUUAAGGCACCACUUACUAAUAGUUUCUAUCAUAAUCAAAUAAAUAAUGUUAAUGGAAUAUAUUUAAGUGUUGCCCCUAGCAAACUAAUGACUCGCUGUUAAGUGUGUAACUUCUGGUUUAUACAGAUCGUUUAAUUUUUUCCACUGUCUUCUAUUGCAAAAUACAAGAAUUUUACGUGUGACCUUUGUUACACAAGAUAUCCACGAAGGCUGCAAAGGAGGGCGGCAGCUGUCUGGAGAAGCCCCAAGGGAAAUAAAAGAGUACACACUGCGGACGUUGCUCAUUUCAGGGCAAGAAGAAUCCACUGCAAAGUCGUAUUGGUCAGAAGUCAGAGAUCAAAAGUUAAAGAAAUCGUUUGGAAACAUCAUGGCAGUUUAUCUGAGAAAUGUUCAUGUGUUAAUGCUAGUGAUCCUCCUUUACGUUAUCCAUGUCAAAGAAAUAAGUUGCAAUGGUACAGACAUGAGCAUGGAAGAAAUACAGACCAGAGUUGCAGAGGCAAUGCGUAAAGACUUUUUUGAGACACUCCGAACACAGAUGGGACAACAAGAUGAACGCUCGUUGAGGUCAAGCAGAUCGAGACACAGAGGUGAGGUACUGCCGUCUUUGUAUCACCCAAACCUGGGACACUUACAAUUUGGCAAAAGACUUCUGAGCAAAAACCAUGCUGAGUACAAAAGAACGUCUAGAAUUGACGUAAAAGCAGCCCUUGAAAAGCACUGGAGAAACAAGGGAAUGCCAUUUUAUGCGCGACGAAACUUCCCGAUUGUUGAUAUCCACACGCCAUCUGUGAGCAGAAUAGGGAAACUGCUCAACCGAUUGGGCAAAACGGUUGCUGUAUCAGCGGACAAAGUCACGGGUGCCAGAUCACUUUCAGCUCCAAACACUCAAUUACGGAUGGAGUCGGUUGGUUUUGGAGCUCUAAUGAUCAAAGGGCUGGAUUCAAAUAAAUACAUUUGUAUGAAGGAAACUGAAGGAAACAUCUACGUCUCUAGCACAAAAAGUCUCGAAUGUGUGUUUAUGGAGCGGCUAGAACUAAACAGUUACCACACGUAUCAAGCAUUUUUGCACAGAAAGCACAAAUCCACAUGGUAUUUGUCAAUAAAUGGAGAAGGAAGGCCAGCUAAUGGAAAGAGAAGUAGAUAUUACAAAAAGUCAAGUCAGUUUGUAAGAGUUUCAAGGCUUUAAGGAGAAAUGUCGUAGAUAAAGUAGUUUCAAUUAUCAGAGCUCUGAUAAGAUGAGCAUUAAAUGUAUGGCUCAACGGAGGAGAGCAAAAUAACAUGCCAGAUUAGUGAAGGAAGAGACAACUGAUAUCAAUGGCUUUUACAUUUAUCGGUGUGUUAACGUAUUGACUAUAGAUUUCUUUUAGCAAAAAUUAUUUCUCGUAAAUGUUCCAGAGUUUAUUACAUAUAAAUUUAAUCUUGUUCAAGAGUUCAGAAAACGCUUCAACGUCCCUCGGAUGAAAUAUUGCCCUAAUUACCUUCCUUAAAACUUUUCCUUGUAUCUUUUGAAUAAAAUCUAGUUAGAAAUAAUAAAACAUAACAAUCCAUUGUUUGGUUUUCAAUCCUUGCCGGGAAGAGAAGCAAAAUCUCAGCACAACGUCCAAUUUUUCUCACUUUACUCGCCUCCCAUAAUGUUACUGCAUCUAUAGAUGUCCUUGCUCUCGCCCGCAGCAGGAACAAGGAAUGUUUUCUGGCCUCUGCCCAAUACACAAUUUUAACAUAGCUUCAAAGCGUGACCCGAAAAAAUAAUUUCCAAAUAGCCUACACAAGGAGAAAAUUGACUUUCUGAGUGAGGGUUUGUCAAUAAGACACUUUUGCUAUUGAAAAAUGAUAGAAGUUACAAAAUUAUUUCAGUUCUAAAGCAAUGCAGUUCCCAUCAUAUUAACUUAAUUACAGAGGUCUGACCUUUUUGCCCAAGAACUCUAAUCCAUAAGCAUGGACUCGACCUCAGCACUUUGACCUUUGGAUUUCGACCUUUCCAAAACUCUAAACUGUGGCCUUGAAUUUUAUUUAAGUAGUGAAGGCGCUCAGAAUUUUAAUUUUGGGAAUAAAGAGGUUACAUGCAGAUAGCUUGUAAGUUUGAAGUUAAAGAAAAUUGCAUUUCACUUUAAAGCAAUAUACGGGUUGCUCAAAUCUAGAUUAUCUAUAACUUUUAGCUGUAAAAUACGCAUAAAUAGAGAAAUUUUAUCUACAGAGAAUACAAAUUGAAAUAUAUAUAUAUUGUUAGUUAGUUAGCAGGUAUCAAUGUAUAUUGUAGGUUAUAUUGAACAAUAUCAAUGUAGAUUGAAUCGA